ACCAGCCCAACUAGCAGUACCAGCACUACCAGCAGUACCAGCACUACUAGCAGUACCAGCACAACUAGCAGUACCAGCACCACCAGCAGUACCAGCACUACUAGCAGCACCAGCACUACUGCUAGAACCUGCAUUACUGGCACUAUCACGACUACUGGUAGUACCAGCACUACUAGUAGUACCAGCACUACUGGCAAUACCAGCGCUACUUGUAGUACCAGCACUAAUAGUAGUACCAGCACUACUUGUAGUACCAGCACUACUAGUAGUACCAGCACUACCUGUAGUACCAGUACUACUGGUAGUACCACCAUUACUGGCAGUACCAGUACUACUUGUAGUACCAGCGCUACUAGUCGUACCAGCACUACUUGUAGUACCAGCAAUACUGACAGUACCAGCAUUACUAGUAGCACCAGCCCUACUAGCAAUACCAGCACUACUAGAAGAUCCAGCACUACUAGCAGUACCAGCACUACUAGCAGUACCAUCACUACUAGCAUUACCAGCUCUACUACUAGUACCAGCACAACUAGUAGUACCAGCACUACUAGGAGUACCAGCACUACUAGCAGUACCAGCACUACUAGUAGUACCAGCAUUACUAGCAGUACCAGCACUACUAGUAGUACCAGCAAUACUAGCAGUACCAGCACUACUAGUAGUACCAACACUACUAACAGUACCAGCACUGGUAGUAAUACCAGCACUACUAGUAGUACCAGCACUUCAAUCAGUACCAGCACUACCAGCACUACCAGCAGUACCAGACCUACCAGCAGUACCAGCACUACUAGCAGUACCAGCACUGGUAGUAGUACCAGCACUGGUAGUAGUACCAGCACUACUAACAGUACCAGCACUACCAGCAGUACCAGCACUACUGGUAGUACCAGCACUGCUGGCAGUACCAGCACUACUGGUAAUACCAGCACUACUGGUAGUACCAGCACUACUGCCAGUACCAGCAUCAGUAGUAGUACCAGCGCUACUAGUAGUACCAGCACUACUAGCAGUACCAACACUACUAGCAGUACCAGCACUACCAGCAGUACUAGCUCUAUUAGUAGUACCAGCAAUACUUGCAAUACCAGCAUUACUAGUAAUACCAGCACUACUAGUAGUACCAGCACUAAAAACAGUACCAGCACUGCCAGCAGUACCAGCACUACUAGCAGUACCAGCACUACCAGCAGUAUCAGCAUUACUAUUAGUACCAGCACUGCUAAUAGUAUCAGUACUACUAACAGUACCAGCACUACUAGUAUUACCAACACUACUAGUAGUACCAGCACUACUAGUACUACCAGCACUACUAGCAGUACAAGCACAACUGGCAGUACCAGCACUACUAGCAGUAGCAGCACUACUAGCAGUACCAGCACUACUAGCAGUACCAGCACUACUGGUAGUAUCAGCACUACAGGUAGUACCAGCACUACUUGUAAUAUCAGCAAUAUUAGUAGUACCAGUACUACUUGUAGUACCAGUACUACUAGUAGUACCAGCACUACCUGUAGUACCAGCAAUACUGGCAGUUCCAGCAUUACUAGUAAUACCAGCACUACUAGCAAUACCAGCACUACUAGUAGAUCCAGCACUACUAGCAGUACCAGCACUACCAGCAGUACCAACACUUCUAGCAUUACCAGCUCUACUUCUAGUACCAGCACAACUAGUAGUACCAGCACUACUAGGAGUACCAGCACAACUAGCAGUACCAGCACUACUAGUAUUACUAGCACUACUAGCAGUACCAGCACUACUAGUAGUACCAACACUACUAGCAGUACCAGCCCUACCAGCAGUACCAGCUCUAUUAGUAGUACCAGCAAUACUUGCAAUACCAGCAUUAUUAGUAAUACCAGCACUACUAAUAGUAUCAGCACUAAAAACAGUACUAGCAGUACCAGCUCUAUUAGUAGUACCAGCACUACUUGUAGUACCAGCACUACUGGUAGUAACAGCCCUACUUGUAGUACCAGCACUACUUGUAGUACCAGCACUACUAGUAGUACCAGCACUACUUGUAGUACCAGCCCUACUUGUAGUACCAGCACUACUUGUAGUACCAGCUCUAUUAGUAGUACCAGCACUACUUGUAGUACCAGCAUUACUGGUAGUACCAGCACUACUGCUAGUACCAGCACUACUGGUAGUAACAGCCCUACUUGUAGUACCAGCACUACUUGUAGUACCAGCACUACUAGUAGUACCAGCACUGCUUGUAGUACCAGCAUUACUGGUAGUUCCAGCAUUACAGGCAGUACCAGCACUACUUGUAUUACUAGCACUACUAGUAGUACCAGCACUACUGGCAGUACAGCACUACUUGUGAUUCCAGCACCACUAGUAGUACCAGCACUACUUGUAGUACCAUUACUACUUGUAGUACCAGCACUACUUACCAGAACUACUGCCAGUACCAACGUUACUAGUAGCACCAGCACUACUAGCAGUACUAGCACUACUAAUAGCACCAGCACUACUAGCAGUACCAGCACUACUAGCAAUAUCAGCACUACUAGCAGUACCAGCACAACUAGCAGUACCAACACUACCAGCAGUACCAGCACUACUAGCAGUACCAGCACAACUAGCAGUACCAGCACUACCAGCAGUACUGAACGUGAACGCCAUAAAGAAGCUCUACAAUUCAAGGAACGCGAGGCUGCCAGGCAUAAAGAAGAACUAGAGUUAGAGUACGACCUUGCGAAGAAAAAGGCCGAAUUUCAACUAGUAGCUGCAGAAAAACAAGCUGACAUCAUUGUAGAACAGAAAAGAAAGGAAGUGGAAUUGGAAAAGACACGCCAACCACAAACAGCCAGUCCUCCAGUAAGCUUUAGCAUCUCCCAGGCAAACGUCGUCAACCUCAUUCUAGUCGAGGAAUUCUUUCGACGUGUUCCUGCUUUUAUCCGUCUUCACUUGGCAGACAAAGAGGAAACCGACCUCAUCAGAUGUGCGAAGUCGGCUGACACCUACAGUCUUAUACACAGAUUAACAGCUGACACAUCUUCCAGUAGGAAAUCUUGGUCUAAUUAUGACAAACUUGACACCGUCGAUGCUGAACUAAGGCUUGUCACCCCAGCUUGUCACCGUCGACACAGUACUGAGGCGUGUCACCUCCAGCUUGUCACCGUCGACACAGUACUGCGGCGUGUCACCCCCAGCUUGUCACCGUCGACACAGUACUGA